CUGCCAUAACUGGCUGGUCAGACAUUUUUUCUGAGAGAUUCUUAGAGAAGGGUCGGCGGAUACUAGUUGUUAGCAAAUAUGGCGGCGGCGUUGCUUUGUCCAGCCAUGGCUGCCGUAGGACCCAAGGCGCAGCGGCCAGUGAUGUGUCAGUCGGCUACUCGGAGAUAUGCCGCACCUCCUAUGUGCUUAUCGCAGCCAAUCGCACAACGCCGAAGAUUUCCUCUCCAUCAGCGCCAAUCCUGCUUCGCCACGUCACCCACUCUUACCGCAAACUGCCCCUCAGCAUUGUCCACCUUAUCUAGCCGCGUACCCGCUGUCGGGCAAUCUUGUCCGUUCGAUCGAUCCCAGCCAUUGAUCGCAAAAGCGCAAUCCGACGGCUCCGAUGCACCGCCAGCACAGCCGUCCUCACCGGCCACCCCACAAACGGCAUCCCUUCAGCCGUCACAAAUUUCGCAACCGGCAACUUCACUGCAGGCCGGCACGCUGGAGCUGGUCGGCGAGGACGCUGCCGUCUUCGAAAUAGCCGACCAGAAAACCUCCUCCUGGGCAGCGUUUUUUGGCGUAUUGACCGUCGUAAUGGCGGCGCUGUACGUUGUCUGGAUCGAUCCCGACACCGGAUUCGGCGGCGCGUACAUCUCCCUGUUCGAGUCGCUCUCGUCGAGCCGCGAGAUCCAGAUGCUGCUGAUGCUGCUCGUGUUCGGGAUCGUGCACAGCGGCGGCGCGGCGCUGCGGCCGGCAGCGGAGCGCGUGAUCGGCGAGCGCGCUUAUCGCGUGCUGUUCGCGGGAAUCUCGCUGCCGCUCGCCGUCUCUGCCGUGGUGUUUUUCAUCAACCAUCGCUACGACGGCUUCCCCCUCUGGCAGCUGCGUGCCGUGCCCGGCAUGCACGAGUUCUGCUGGGGGCUCUCCUUCGUCUCCUUCUACUUCCUCUACCCCUCCACCUUUAACCUGCUGGAGGUGGCGGCGGUGGACAAGCCCAAGCUGCACAUGUGGGAGACAGGCAUCAUGAGGAUCACACGGCACCCCCAGAUGACGGGGCAGCUGCUCUGGUGUGUGGCGCACAUGCUGUGGGUCGGAUCCUCAUUCACGGCCGUCACGUCUCUCGGCUUGUUGCUGCACCACAUGGUCGGCGUGUGGCACGGGGACCAACGACUGGCCAAGAAAUACGGAGAAGCAUUCAAAGAGGUCCGCAAUCGCACCAGCAUUGUCCCCUUUGCAGCUAUUCUCGAUGGAAGGCAGAAGCUACCCGUGGAUUACUACAGGGAAUUCCUGCGAGCACCUUAUCUUGCUAUCACUGCGAUGACCCUCGGCGCAUAUUUCUGCCAUCCUCUCAUGAUUCGAGCGAGCUUUUGGCUUCAUUGGUAGACUGUAGGAAGGAAUAUGUAUGAUGCAAAAAAGGGGUAAAAGUUGGUUGGUUGUGGCAUUCAUCUGUGUACACACCUCACAUCUGUGUGCAUCCAUUUGUUUGCACCACUAUUGGUACUUGCAUCUGUAUCUACACAGCG